AUGUCAGUAUACUCUCCUACUUCGAACAAUUCCUCAAAGAAUGUGCCAGCAUUCCUAAAUAAACUUUACAGCAUGGUGGGCGAUCCUGAUUCUAACGAUCUGAUUACUUGGUCUGAAAGUGGAAAUUCUUUUAUAGUGAAAAGACCUCAAGAUUUUGCUAAAGAAGUACUACCAAGGUUUUUUAAACAUAAUAAUUUUAGUAGUUUUGUAAGACAGUUGAAUAUGUAUGGAUUUCAUAAAAUACCACAUCUUCAACAAGGAGUUCUUCAAUCUGACGCACAAACAGAAGAAUGGGAAUUUAGUAAUAGUAAUUUUAUUCGUAAUCAACCGGAUCUUUUGAUUUUUGUUAAUCGUAAAAAAGGAAAAGAUACUGAUAUUAAAGAAGAUGUUGUUGAUAUGAAUCAUAUAUUGAAUGAGAUUGCAUCGAUUAAAAAACAUCAGUUGACCAUCAGUUCAGAUCUAAAAAACAUUCAACGUGACAAUCAAAUUUUAUGGCGAGAGACACUUUCUGCACGUGAAAGACAUCGUAGACAGCAAGAAACAAUUAAUAAGAUUCUUAGGUUUCUUGCAUCAGUUUUUUCAGCUGAUAAAAGAAGAGCUAUCCUAACACAUAAAAAACCUAGAUUGCUUAUUGGGAAUUCUGAUACCGAAUACAGCCGUGAUCUUAUAGCUGCAUUAGACCAAAAAGCAAACAUUGACCUAUCAUCAUUAUCUGCAGGACCUGAUGUUUCAUCAUUAAUUUUAGAUAUUAAUAAUCCAGCCUUGUCAUUAUCUGCAGGAUCUGACGCUUCAUCAUUAAAUUUAGAUGGUAAUAAUCCAGCCAUGUCAAUUUUAGCGUCACCUCCUGUAAAUAAUGAUAAUGAUUCUUCAACUUCGCAUUUUGAUUUAUUUAAUUCAUUAUCGACACUGGAGAAUGAUGGAACUGAUGUAGCAGAUUUCUUAAAUGCAACGCAAAUUUCUAAUCUUUUAUCUGAACCAAUUAUUAAUCAUGCAAUGGAUUCAAGCAUUAAUAACAACGAUGACGUUGACAAUGAAAUAGAUAUCGAAGAUUUAUUGGCAGAAAUUGAUGAUAAUG